AUGCACUCUGACUCACCUAUUCCAUACAUUUCCUAUGAAAUAAUUAUUCCCAGGCGGUUAGAACCAGAGACAGGAAAUGGCAAGAAGGCAGAACGUUCAUACAUCAUCAAGGCAGCUGGGAAGGAACACAUCAUUCGGCUGAAUCAAACCAACAACUUUCUGGUUGAAAACCUGCCAGUCUUUACCUACAAUUCUGAGGGUAAGAGGGUGACAAGCCAUCCCUACAUUCCUACUGGAUGCUACUAUAGAGGGUACGUGGAAGGCACGGCUGAUUCCCUGGUCGCUCUCAGCACUUGCUUUGGCCUUACAGGAUUCCUAAAAAUCGGAGAUCAAUAUUACGGCAUUGAGCCUUUAGCGGGUUCGCAGACAUUUCAGCAUGUCCUCCACCUGACCAAUAAACAUGGCUUCAAUUCCCCAGUCUCUGGCAUAAGAGCUGACUAUCGAAAUCACCAGGCAGAAGAAGCGUCGGGAGGGAAGAUUGAUUCUGUGUUUGUGCAGAGUCUGUUGUAUGUUAGGAUGUAUAUUGUAGCGGAUAACAUGAUGUUUCACUACGAAGGUGGCAAUGAGACCAGAGUUACGCAUCUAGUUUUAAAUAUAAUUAAUAUGGUGCACACAUAUUAUGUUUCCCUGAAAACGGAAGUCAUUCUGGCGGGUCUAGAGGUCUGGACAGAACGCAACCAAAUUAAAAUUUCCAAAGACAGCGCAAAGCUUGUUGCUGAUUUCCGUAAAUGGAAGAAUGAAGCUGUCAAUGCAGCAAAACAUGACACCACCCACUUGUUUGUCCAUCAGAGAUUUGACGACGAACCUUGGAAGACAUACCGAGGAGGCAUCUGCAAGCCAGGUUUUUCAAUAGGGAUAGAGCCCUACCUAACCAAGGAUCUGGUUGAAUUCUCCUAUAUCGUCUCUCAUAUGUUGGGUCACAACCUUGGCAUGGAUGAUGACGGACCCAACUGUUUGUGCGACGGACAAACAAAUUGUAUCAUGCAUGCUUCUCACACUAAGCUUGCCUUGUUCAGUGACUGCAGCGUAGCAUCUUUGUCAGAACUAAAAAAGGGGGAAGAGCUGGCUUGCCUGCAUGACGUCAAAUACUGGUUUAGGUACUGUGGCAAUAAAGAGGUGGAUGUCGGAGAACAGUGCGAUUGUGGCGAUGAACAGCAAUGCAAACGGGACCCUUGUUGCCAUCCCAACUGCACCCUCAAGGCAAAGGCAGUUUGUGCCCACGAGGCUUGCUGCCAAAACUGUCAAUUCGCCCCAAAGGGAACACUCUGUCGGCCUAGCGCUAGCCAGUGUGACUUGCCUGAAUAUUGUCCUGGGGGAUCUACACAGUGCCCAGCAGAUGUGUAUAGACAAGAUGGGACGUCAUGUGGCAAGGGUGCUUACUGUUAUGCAAAUAAAUGUCCCACUCACCAUCUUCAGUGCACCGAGGCCUUUGGCACAAAAGCUGGAGUUGCUCCUCUGAGCUGUUUCAGAGCCCUCAACAUGGUUGGAAAUCGGAUAGGUAACUGUGGCAUUGAUGGAAAAACAAGAGAAUUCGUGAAAUGCAAAGAGGAGAACGUUCUGUGCGGGCGACUGCACUGCUCCAACGUCAAAGAGCAACCCAGUCUGUUGAAUUACAUCGUUCGGACCUUGAUCAAUGGUGUGCCUUGCUGGAGCACCAAGUACCAAGGCCCUAGAGACAAAGGAUUGCUGCCGGAUGGGACGGUGUGCGGCAGAGACAAAAUAUGCAUGAACCAGACAUGCGUCCCUGUGUCCAUUUUGAAAUCAGAGUGUGACGCAGCGGGGAAGUGUCACGGCAAAGGCGUCUGCAAUAAUCGCAACAACUGCCACUGUAAUCGUGGCUGGGCCCCUCCAGAUUGCCGGACCGUCGGUACAGGGGGGAGCGUAGAUAGUGGGUCUCCCAUGAAAGCUUCCACGAUAUACGUGUUCACUUUGGCUUUAGCGGUCGUGAUUCCUGUAUUGCUGUUGGGAGUGGUGGUUGCCAUCCUUCUUCGCUCCAGACUGAGAUUGUUGUUUAACCGAUGCAGACGGAGAACCUCAGGCUAG